UCUAUUGUGUGAUGUUACACUUAUAGCAGAUAAUGUAGAAAUACCUGCCCACAGAAUAGUUCUUGCUGCAUGCUCUCCUUAUUUUUAUGCUAUGUUUACAAGUUUUGAAGAGAGUAAACAAGACAGAGUAACUUUACAAGGCGUCGACCAUCAAGCUCUUUCAUUACUUUUGGAUUAUGUUUAUACAUCAGAGGUUCAGGUUACAGAGGAAAAUGUACAGAUGCUCCUACCGGCAGCAAAUUUGCUCCAAUUAACAGAUGUGAGGGAUGCUUGCUGUGACUUUUUACAAGCUCAGCUGCAUCCUACAAAUUGUUUAGGGAUUCGGGCAUUUGCAGACCUUCACAGUUGUUUAGAUUUGCUGAGCAAUGCAGAAACUUACAUUGAGCAACAUUUUCCGGAGGUUGUUGAGUGUGAAGAGUUUCUAACAUUAUCCCAUCAACAAGUUUCUAAAUUAAUUAGUAGCGACCAUUUAACAGUUCCUACAGAAGAAAAGGUAUUUGAAUGUGUGAUUUCAUGGGUACAACAUGAUUUGGAAAACCGACGUCAGUAUCUUGCCAUUCUUAUGGAGCACGUGAGGCUUCCUUUGAUGUCCCAGGACUAUUUAGUGCAACGUGUUGAAGAGGAGCCCCUUCUAAAGUCCGACUUGCAGUGCAAAGAUUACAUAAUUGAAGCACUUAAAUACCAUUUGCUCAAAGGAGAUACUAAGACUUGCUUUAAGACUCCAAGAACAAAACCACGACAACCUGUUGGAUUGCCAAAAGUUUUGUUAGUAGUAGGAGGCCAAGCACCAAAGGCAAUCAGGAGUGUGGAAUGUUACGAUUUCAAAGAAGAAAAAUGGUACCAAGUUGCUGAGAUGCCAUCGAGACGUUGCAGAGCCGGCCUUGCGGUUAUUUCAGGAAAAGUGUAUGCUGUGGGUGGAUUUAACGGUUCCCUACGUGUUCGUACUGUUGAUCUUUAUGAUCCAGUUCAGGAUCAAUGGAGUACUUGCACUAGUAUGGGAGCACGGAGGUCUACGUUGGGUGUGGCUGUUCUAGGGAAUUGCAUUUAUGCUGUAGGAGGUUUCGAUGGUUCAACUGGUCUCAAUACUGCUGAAAAGUUCGACCCAAGGACUCAGGAAUGGACAGUCAUUGCCAGCAUGUCUACUCGAAGAAGUAGCGUUGGUGUGGGAGUAGUUAACGGACUUCUUUUUGCUGUUGGAGGAUAUGAUGGGGCUUCUAGGCAAUGCUUGAGUUCAGUGGAGUGUUACAAUCCAGAAACUGACACAUGGACUCCUGUCAGUAACAUGUGUUCAAGGAGAAGCGGGGCAGGUGUGGGGGUAUUGGAGGGUAUUUUGUACGCUGUAGGGGGUCAUGAUGGUCCUCUCGUUAGAAAAUCCGUGGAAGCAUAUGAUUCAGAAACAGGAUCGUGGUCUUCAGUGACAGAUAUGGCCUUAUGUCGACGGAAUGCAGGAGUUAUAGCUAUGAACGGGCUCCUGUACGUUGUGGGUGGUGACGACGGUUCUUGCAACUUGGCCUCGGUUGAAGUUUACAACCCCAAAACAGACACUUGGGCCAUGCUACCCAGCUGCAUGGGUAUCGGACGAAGUUACGCUGGCGUAGCGAUAAUAGAUAAGCCCAUAUGAAAUACUACAAUUGCUGGAAAUGGGGUCGCUACAAUAGGAAGGUUGUAUGCGUCACGUUCCAGAUACGCGAAUUGUGACAACGACGACGACAGCACGGCUGAGGGGGCUGUGGGCUACGCCCCCGCGGCCGCCUU